AUGAUCGAUGACGACGAUACUGAUUUAGAAGCAGAAGUACAAGUAGAGAAUGCAAAGCUUCAACGCGAAAAUAACCGAUUAUUCGACGAAAAUCAUUUUUUGACUCGAAUAAAUGAGGCCUUUGCAGACGAGAAUGACGAUCUACGCAAAAGCUUAAACAGGUAUUCGAGAAUCCGUCUGCCUAAAGCCAUUCAUAGGCAGACGGAUCUCGAACAGCUGGCAAAACGUCAAAAAAGAAUUAAGACAAAAAAGUCUGAGCGAUACGAGGAAGAAUCGGAGGAAGAACGGUCUGGUUCUAACAAUAAUGAUGAGUAUGACGAAAAAGAAGCUAGGGCUGAAAUGAAGUCUAUUUUGAAAACCAUCGAUGAAACUCGAGGACUAGAUUACAAUGAAAUGUUCAAUAGCGCGAAAAAUCUCAAGAUUCGUCGUAGGCUAGUUCCUGAAUUGCAUUCAGCCCUUGCUCCAUGUUUUCCCGCUUCGAAUAAGCAACUUACAAAAUGGUUGGGUUGUCUCCACAAGUCUCGUUGUUCUCAUCAAAGAUUAAUAGAUAGGGGAAAAGCCGAUGAAAAUAAACACCGGGUGCACUCAAACAAUCGAGUACACGACAAGAAAAUCCGCCGAAUGAAGGCGGCAAAGAGAUUAUAUAGUUUUGACGAUGAAUGGAUAACAAAAUAUGAUAAGCGUAGAUUACUAAAGAUGUUAUCCAAUCGCUUAUUUCAUUCUCCAGAAAUAAGCGAGACAGACAAAGAAGACCCAACAAAGUCCAUAAUUGCUAUUUACGACUAUUUGUGGAGAUCUGAUGAGGUUAGAACUUCUGAAUCUUUAUUUUUCAGACGAAUCGCUGGAUUUAAUUUUUAUAUUUUAUUGUUUCUUCAGCUUAAAAAUUUGCUACGAAAUGUACUCGAUGUACACUCGUCAAAUAAGUCGAAAUUAAUACGCGAACGUAGAUACGACGAUGAGGUACAAAAAUACGACCGACCACAUCCGUCGAAUGCUCCCGAAUGGUCUUAUAUCGUACAACAACAAGAUUUAAUAUUUGAUACUGAUAUCGAUCAGGGUUUAAUCACUGAAUAUGAUGAUGAAGAAGAAGAAGUUAGUAGAGGGACAACACCAGCAACUGGCAACACCACCGAAAAUGAUGAAGACCAUAACAAGGAAGGAGAAGAAAAACCAUCAAAAUCAACGGUCGGCGACAAUCAUAAUAAUUCAGAUUCUGAUUUACAUAUGGACGACGCGCAAUGAACGAAUCUGAAUUAAUUUGGUAGAAAACUUUCUUUUUUUCGUCAAAAAUCUAUAUAUAUAUUUAAUUAAUAUUCCAAAUUAUUAGUAUUAGAAUUUUCUAUAAUUCAAAAUAAAUUUGUCUUAAUUCAGAAAAAAAUUAAUUACAAUUCGAAAUAAAUUUACUGCAAAUUUACCGCAAUUCAGAAUAAAAUUUACUGCAA